GAGACUGAUAAAGCAAAUCUAGAUUUUUCUUGCCAUUAUUCGCUCGCUUGCAUUUGAUGGUAGUUUCUUUUGUCUAGCAGAAUCCUAAAACAAAUUCACUUUAUAUGCCUACACGCAUACUAAAGAAAUAUAUUUAGAACCCAACUUUAUCACAUACUUAUGUGGUCUCAUUUUUUUUGUAAGAUUUUUUGAUUAUUGAUGUGGGAGCUCAAUAUGUUUGAUUUCUAUUUUCCCCUGUUGCGUUUUGCAGAUAUCAUGAUUUGCAUUUUAGAUGGCAUCUUUUCUUCUCAAUUUUUUUUCAAAAGGGGUAGUGAGAUGAAAAAAAAUAACCUGAUCAAUGCUGAGGUUUCAUUAUAUACAAAUCUUAAGAAUAGAACAUAGUGCAUGCGCAUUCCCCAUAAGGAGCUUUUUUGGAACUGUUAACAACUUUGAUGCCUCAAAAAAGUUCCUAAACAGUGGGGAGAAAGGUGUGACAGGGAUGACCCAGGCCGAGCACUGCAGACUCUAUCGUUCCUUGCUUAAGCUUGGUGAGGAAGGUACCAUGAUGCGGCAUUGCCUUUCCGUUCAUCACCCCCUUAAGUGCGUUUCUUAUGGAAAGCGAUUGGAAAGUUUGCAUCAGGCUCACAACGUCACUGUUGUAAACUCUUGCAAGAUCUCCAUAAUAUUUCACCCAAUGCAGCGUUUCCAGUUGUUCCUUAAGAGGCAUUUUUACAGCUGGAAUAUCUGCCUUUUGAGGCUGUCUCUACACAUUUGGAAUGUUGUCAGCGAUACACUUGUGUACACACUGUUCAUAAUGAUAUUUAUUCUUUUCUGCAUGAUUUUCCGCCUCUGUACAGUGUUACUCCAGGCUGAUCCCACCCCUUCCCCUAUUUCAUGGAGCACCAAUGGAUUAAAGGCAGAUCUUAAGCAUUGGUGA